AUGGCAAAUAUGGAAGAUACAGUGGUACAAUACUAUAUACAUAAUCAUUUCUUAACGGCUGCCAAACCAGGCGAAAUCGGCUCAAACUAUAAUAUAGUAACUAUAAAAGCUCUAAAUUCUGUUGCAUGUGGUUGCUUCGUUAUUUUUUUCGACGAUGUCGUCAGUAUUUUUUAUAAUCAAAAUAACGUCAGAAAAAUUAUAAAUAAUCAAAAUUCGGCGACAAGAUCCAGUUUUCUAAAGACACAAAAGAGUUUUUCACGAUACAAAAAAAAGAAUAAUAUCAUUAAUUGGAAAAUAAUUUUAGUUAAAAUAAAUUCGGUAGAAAUUAUGUCUUCAAAAACAUCAGUUCUAACUGCUUAUAGUACAGCAUAUCAGUUGCCGCAAAACUCUCAGACAAAUUCAAUUCAAAUUGAAAAUCCGUUAGCAAGAGCAGCCUUAACUAAUGUUACAAAUAAGACUAUGGGGUUCAAUAUUAAAGCAUUAAAGAAUUUGAAACUUAUUGCGAGAGAAGAGAAUUCUAAAGUCUCGAAAACUGAAGUAGAUUUAGAAAAUAAAAUAAUUGAUUCGUAUCUAUCAACAGGCAAAGAAAAUGAAGUUCCUUUAUAUCCUUACGAGGAGAGAAAUAUACCGUUACAGAAAAAGAAGAGACAUAUAUCUGGCACAAUUUGGGAAAAGGACUCACCAAAAAAGAUUAAAAUUGGAAGUAAACAACAACAGAUAGUCCUUGAAGAAAUAUGGGAUGAUCUGGAUGAAGAAGAUCUGGAUGAUCCUUUAAUGGUUUUUGAAUAUGUUCAAGAUAUUUUUACAUAUUUACAUGAAUUAGAAUUAAUUACUUUGCCAAAUAAACAAAAAAUAUUGAGACAUAAAAAUAUUAGGGAAAAUAGGGAUAUUUUAAUUGAUUGGCUCGUUAAGAUCCAUGUUAAAUUUCAACUUUUACCUGAGACGUUAUUUCUUGCAAUAAAUUUAAUUGAUAGAUUUUUAACUAAGGAAUCUGUUCAAUUAGAUAAAUUACAAUUAGUUGGUACAUCAUGUUUAUUCAUUGCUUCUAAAUAUGAAGAAAUAUACUGUCCAAGUAUUAAAAACUUCGCCAAUGAGACAGAUGGUGCAUGUUCAACAGAUGACAUUAAAAAGGGUGAAAAAUAUAUACUGAAAGCUUUGGAUUUUAAUUUGAAUUACCCAAACCCAAUGAAUUUCUUAAGAAGAAUUUCAAAAGCAGACGAUUACGAUAUACAAUCACGUACAUUAGCAAAGUUUUUGUUAGAAAUUACUAUUAUAGAUUGUAGAUUUAUUGGUAUUCUACCAUCAUUAUGUGCUGCGGCUGCAAUGUUCAUAUCAAGAAAAAUGUUAGGUAAAUGUCAAUGGGACAGGAACUUGAUUCAUUAUUGUGGUGGUUAUCGUAAAGAAGAUCUCCAAAAAGUGUGCGAAUUAAUUAUGGAUUAUCUAAUAGAACCAACGAUACAUGAGGAGUUCAUUAGAAAAUAUCGCUCAAGGAAAUUUUUGAAAGCAUCAAUAAUUUCAGUUCAAUGGGCCAAAAAAGUACGUGAAAAUAAUCUUGACUUAAUGACACUACAUGAAUAG